AUGUCAACACAUAAUUCUACGUUACAACACAAUAAUGCCUUAGAAAAAGAUAUCAAAAGUCUGCAAUUUAGUUUUAAUCAAAUUGUAACGUCCAGUACUCAUUAUCAUACAAGAGAAAUUGAAAAUGAAGUAAGACAUAUUAACAAUGCCUUGGAUAAUAUUAAACUUGAUCGUGAAUUUCAACGCGGAUCAAAAAAUUGGGCAAAACAAUUCGAUGCAAACGAUGUGAAACAAAAUGAAACAAAUAUUAAACAAUUACUUGCAAAAGGACAAAGUCUUACUCAAGAACUUAAUACAUGUCUUCAUACAACUACUGUUCAAAAUAAAGAAGAGAACCAAAUACGAGAACUGAACAGCUGGGCAUGUAAUACAUUGCACGAGUAUCUUCAAUCACUUCAACCAAUAGCAUCAGGUUCUUAUGCUCGGCUAGAUAAUAUUGCUCAUCAUCUUGGUGUUACUGAUCGUUACAUUGGUUAUCGACAUAAUUUAACUCGUAGUGGAAAUCAACCAUUAAAUGUUCAUACCAUUUGGGCUGAUCGAAAACUACCUCGAUCAACAACAUUUAAUCAACAAUCGACGCCGGAUUGGAAAACAUGGGUUCAUGCUUAUCGGCAUUACGGACCAUCCGGGGCAAAAUCAGCAGCACCCAAUCAACAUCGAACGAAUGAUGACGAUAAACUUCUUGGUUAUUUACGGCCAAAACACACAUCAGAAUCAAAACGUUCGACUGCAGCAGAAAAUUUCUACUCUAAAUCAUGCGUUUAUGAUAGUGAUUACAAUAAUGAAGUUCGUAAAGCAGGUAUCAAUCAAACAUUUCCUGGUGCAACUGAAUUCAUGGAUCGCUAUAAAAAACCUGAAGAAUUGCCGUAUUCUCCAUUUACAAUUAAUCCUCAACCCGAUUAUACAUUACCUGGCCGCCCGUUAGCACGUGUUAUACCUGAUUCAUUCAGUAGUGAAUAUACGCGCAGUUAUGUAUUUCCUGAUUCAACCAAACUUGAAAAAUUCCCAUGGUUACGCUCAUCAUAA